UCAACAACGGCAACAGACACAGCAGAGCAAGUUCGAGGCUAUGCUUUCACCUCGUGUUAUGGAUGCUGUGUUAACUACUGUUAUGGGUUUGGCUGCCGUUGGAAUCGGCGGUACGGCUUAUCAUACAUGGUAG